AUUCCAAGCACUUCAAUGUGAUACCUCUUCAUCUCGUUUGCAGUCUGGGCUGCCUUGCUGGGUUCAAACAUCGUACGGACAUUCCAUGUCCCCACGUUCACUUUCGCUUUCAUCGAGAGAGGCGAAGACACAUCGGCCAAUUGGCUUCCCGAAGGCAGGCUUUCACCAACUGGCGUCAUUUCGCCUCUCCGAUUCCAGCGAGGAAUAAUUUUGUUUUUAUUUUUUAUAUUUCAUUUGUGCUUUGAAGUUUCUUUAGCGGUUAGAUUUGUUUUACGGGGUAGGGUUGCUAGCCCUAUGCCCAACCUUCCCUCUUCGCCCAAGCUUAGGACCGGCUAGUAACUAGUGAACUAGUUAACCAGGCGAGGUUAGAAAUUAAGGAUACAAACCAGUUAAUUCAGUCAUUAGAAGAGGAAGUCGAAGAAUUGCCUUUUGUAAGAAGGAGCAAUGACCUUUAUACAUUCGCUCAAAGUUGUGAUGUUGUAAAUUUGUGCUCAGGUGAAGAUAACCCAUCGAAUACAUCACAAUUUCCAUUACCUACAGGAUUUAGGUAUGUGAAUUCUACAGUUUUAUUCACCCUAUGAAGUUAUCCGUAAUGUGUUUAGUGUUGGAGACUGAUUCCGUCUCAAAUUCCCCUUACCUGAAAUGUUAAUCUGAAAUUUAUAGGAAUACUUCCGUGGUCCUGAGAAACGGUAAAUCAUGAAGAAAUCAGGUGAACUUUGAUUCACCGGCGCAGAACUAGCUCCAUCUUUUUCUUCAGGUAUACACAUGCCUACCAUUGACCCAUGACUUUCAAUUCACUGAAUAUGAAUGCGACUUUUAGAUUUGACGGUUCGGAGAUACAAAUAGCUAGAAGUAACUUUGAAGAGCACAAAGAGACAUUGCAACAUGGAUUUCAUAUUCAGAAUGAUGCAGAAGAGCAUGUUCGAAACUUAAUAAGUAACACAGUCGUUUGGUUCAUGAGAGACAAGAACGAAAUCGGUCGAAAUCUGUCCACCACCGGAGGAGGAGAUUCUUGUGCUUAUGUCAGAUGUUUGAUAGAUCUUUACGUGUACCAAUUUGGAAUCGAGACUUUUAAUGCUGCUGAAUAUCGCAUUGACAGUCGUACAGUUGCAUGCUUUCGAAGGAAGGAAGAUUCUUAUCGAGAAAAAUAUGCGAUGACGAAGGGAAGAUGGAUAUUUUUGGAUAUGUGGCUUGAACUUUAUAAGCGAAGAAUGAAGAGAAUUGAUCAGUUACCAAGGACUUCAAUUCAUAUGUUUUGA